UAUUCAUGAGCCAAGCGUUUGACGUACUUCUGGCGGGAGGAAGACCGUGCGUGCUAGCUAAACUGUACUUUGUUUAUUACAUUCAUGACAGUUAUGUCUCGAAUACUCAACUCUAUUGUAGCUGUUUGUCCAGACAUGGGAAUAGGGAAAAAUGGAAAUCUGCCAUGGCAUCCAAUAAGACUAAGUAAUGAAUUCAAGCACUUUCAGAAGAUGACCAUGACUCCUUUAGUUGAGGGUAAAAAGAAUGUGGUCCUGAUGGGCAGAAAGACUUGGUUCUCUAUUCCUGCAGCAAACAGGCCCCUGAAGAACAGGAUCAACAUUGUUCUCAGCAGAGAGCUCAAUACAGCCCCAGAGGGAGCUCACUACCUUGCUUCAGACUUCAGUUCAGCUCUCCAUCUGUUAGACAGCAGUGAGCUCGAAAAACAAGUGGACCAGGUUUGGAUAAUCGGCGGAAGCGCUGUGUACAAGUUUCUGGUCAGAUUCCCGGGUGUACCCACGGGCGUGCAGGAGGAGAAUGGUGUUCAGUAUGUAUUUGAAGUAUAUGAGAGCACCGACCACUAACAAAGAUCCUUUAAGCAUGAUGCUAAGGUCGGAGAAGUGGCCUGGCCGGGUAGUGCGAGUGCUCUGACAUGUUGUGUGGCUCAAUUGCCUGACCCCCAUCACCCCUUUUUCUCCCUAUCAUUUGUUUGCCACAUUUCCUGUCCACUUUCCUUAGUAAUAAAAAUGAAAAGUGAUUCUAGGACAGUUAAAAUGUUUUUAUUAUAAAAUUUUAUGUGUGGCAUUUGCAACUUUAUAUACAAAGUGGAAAGUAGGCAGAAAAUCAUGAGAAGACAAGAGGGUGGGUAAAAGGGUGAAAUUGAUCGGAUCCAAUCUUCCAUGAGCACAACAACAACAUGUUGCAAAGAGUGCUGACCACUAGGUCUCUGCUUAUUUGCGGCCUUUUCUCAAUGAUUUUUUUUUUUUAAAUAUGCAAAAACAGUUGUUUUCCCACUGUCACUACCAGAAUCUUAUUUGAUUAGUAUCAGGUUUAGUUCCUGGAUUAUCAUUUCAAAUAUUCAGAAAACAAUAUACCGGUACUUCAUUUUGAUAAUAAAUUUUCUUUUCCACAUCUGCUAUCCAGUUAAUUAUUCUUCAUCUUGCCAACUGCAAAAGACAACCUGCUCAUCUCCAUAUCCAAUAGCAACUGAAGUGUCUGCUCUUAAGCCAGCCUGAAGAUCUGACUGCUCUCAUGAAUAUGCAUAUGUGUUUGGUCUUCAGACUGGCUGAUUGACAAAGGUCAUAUAGUUUAGAGAAGGGUCGCAAUACUAGCACUUUCUCUCUCACCCACACAAACUCCUUCAUGACCCCUAUUUUAAAAAGCCAAAUGCCGCAAUCAGGCAAAACCUUUUUAGGCUGAUUGGUUUCGGGUAUGUCAGCCUAAUGUACUACGAAUGUUUACGACCAGGCUAAAAUAAACCUGACUGGAAUUCCAAUUACCUUGCACAUGCA